AUGGUCCAGAGCCCCGGGUUUCGCACUCCCGAGGUGAACAUCAAGGCUGCAUGGGAUCACCAAAUAGAUAUCUGGAGCUUUGGUUCUCUGAUGUUUGUGCUCUUGACCGGAAUCAACGUGUUCCACACCCCGGAGCCGUACAACCGGGCCGAGCAUCUGAAUUGGUUUGUCGAAUGGUUAGGUCACUGUCCGUUCCACAUGAUCACUGCGGAGAAGUGUAUAUCAAUGAUGAUUUUUGAGAUGGAUAUAAUCAAGAAGAUGGAGGGCAUGGAGGACUGCAGUCAUCACAAUAAACAGACCCUCAGCUCGACACAUCUCACAACUCACCCGGCCCAGUCGAGACGGACUAAAAAAAAUAUCCAACUGAUCCUCAUACCGGUCGCCUCCCGUCUCGUCGCAUGCAACGGCUCUCACAACAAAAUACACCAAGCCACAACAAUUGACCGCCUGUCGAAAUCGCAACCAGAAAUCUCCUUGCGCCAAGGUUCAGGCACCUUUAGCCGCACUUGGGCUACACCUAGCGCACGACUUGCGAACAAAUCUUGGGAUCUCGCUGAGUUCGAUACUUUCUUCGAUGCCUGUGCGAUCAACCAUCUGCCGCCCACCUAG